GCAUGGCGGAGGCCGCUCAGGGCCGCGUGCAGGAGGCGGUGGAGAACGUUGUGCAGGAGCUGGAGCGGGACAGCAUCCGCGGCAUGCAGUGCAUGCUGUGCUCCCCCCGCAGUGCACGCCGUGUGCAAGGCCACCAUGUUCCACUGCAGCGCACGGUGCUGUGAGGACAGAGCAGCCUCCAUGCAGCAGGUGCAGCGUUGCAUUGAGCGCUGCCAUGCACCCCUGGCCCAGGCCCAGGCCAUCGUCACCGGCGAGCUGGAACGCUUCCAGGACCGCCUGAGCCGCUGCACGCUGCACUGCUCUGACAGAGCCAAGGAUGCCCUGGAGGCGGGCGGUGGGGAGACAAGGGCACGAUCCCAGCUCGAUGCCUGCGUGGCUGCCUGUGGGGACGAGCACCUGCGCCUGGUGCCCGGCAUGGCAAAGAGGAUGCGGGAUGGGUUGGCAGCCCUACAGCACUAAUGGGUGCUGUUG